ACAUCCAAUGGAGCAUCAUCUGGAGCAUCAAAUGAAUCUGGAACAUCCAAUGGAGCAUUAUCUGGAGCAUCCAAUCAAUCGGGCACAUCCAAUGGAUUUAAUGACAUAUGGGGUGAUCUGAAAGACGGUGGCAAGAGUAUUAUCGAAGGACUAAGGAAUGCAACUCAGGAUGGCGCUGCCAUUAACAAGGACCUUCUAGACCAGCUAGGCAGUGCGAAUGAAAAUUUCUUGAAGGAUGCAUCGCAACUAGGGAAAGAUAUAUCUAAUGGAUUAUCGGAAUCGUUAACAACAGGCAUUAAGGACUUAUCGCAAAACCUGACUUCCAGUAUUACGAGGUUCAAACAAAAUGUUGCUACUGAAAAGAACCCAAUAAAGCGUAAGGCACUGAGCAGUGGACUGGAAGUGCUUGAGCAGCUCAACACAGUAGCCACGGAUCUAAAGCAUCAUCAUUUUGAUAUAAAUCAGAAGCUCGCGAAGAAAGUAAAUGAUCAACUAGCUGAAAUACCGAACGAAGUGCUAAGCUGGAGUAAGGAACAACUGGAUCGCGUGGAAAAUGCUUCCGAUGAAACUGGCCUGAAGCAAGCGCAAGACAUUAUUACAAAGUUCAUAUCAAGCUUCUCUGAGGAUCUAAAUGCCGUACUGGUAGAGCUCGAUGUUAAAAAGUCCUUGUAUGAACAAAAGUUGAACGACAAAAUCCACGAAUAUAGUGAAUUCGUCAGGAAACUUAUUGAGGACAUGAACAGUUGCAGUGGUAUCAGCAUCUUUAAAUGCAGAUCACUGAUUGAGGAAUCAAUGGAGAACCUGCGGAAUGCGAAAGCUGACUUGCUGAAUUUACUGACGGAAGGCAACACUUUGGUCGAAGCGGGAGUAAACGCUACAGUAUCCAUCGAAUCGCUCAUCAAAAAUUUGGCCGAGAAUAAACUUAAAUUCGAAAAGGAUCUUGUUGACAUCAUUGCCCGCAAUCCAAGCUCAACUGAUGCUAACGGAGGAUCGUCCGGAUCCAAUGAAGCAUCAUCUGGGGCAUCCAAUGGA